AUGUGUGGUCAUUGUAACACACAUAUCACUACCAAAACAUCAUAUAAAUCUGGUUCAAUGGCUUGGUUAGUUUGUAUUUUACUCAUUAUUUUUGGUUGUUGGUUAGGUUGCUGUUUAAUUCCAUUUGCCAUCGAUUCAUUAAAAGAUGUUGUCCACAAAUGCCCACAAUGCAAAAAGAAGUAA